AUGACCGACCGAGCAGAGCGCAGAGCUCCUCAGCCAUCACGUCAACGAGUCGGCAGACAGUUUCAGCAAGCAAACUCAGCAGACAGCGCAGUGACAUCACUCUCCCGUCCAGAAGCAUGGAUGAUACCCUACCAAGACCAACAAAUAAAUCCACCGGCCCAAAAAAGAAUUGACAGCUUCGCCCUUCAACGCGAAACCAUCCAACAAGCCCUCCAUCUGAUGGCUAGCUAUCUCGCCAGCCAAGGCCAGAAUAUAACAAUCAUCACUGUCGGCGGCUCAAUCAGUGGCCUACUAUUAAAAGACCAACUGACACGCAAAAACCUCGAUUACCUUGCCACCGACGUAAGCGAAGAGCAACGCAAGAUACUCGCAGCCGCAGCCAAAUACGCCCGACUGAAAUGCAGCCAACCAAUACGCGGAGCAUGGUUCAGCACCCGUGGCGACGAUACCCUCAAGCUCCCCUUCAGCGUCCAUAAACGGGUCGUGCUGAGAAGCAUCUCCCAAAAUGAAAUCAUCUUCCAAGCACACGGUCUGAAGAUUCUCGCUGCGCCCUGGGAUUACGCCUUUGUCGCCACUCUGGGUAGGUUGGCCAGUGACCGGUCGCUUGCGCGGCCACAUGACCUAGCAGACGCAAUUGCCUAUCUCCAUCGCUAUAUUGAGGGGUGGUGGGAUGGGCCUUUAACUAUGAGUCAGGUCGAGUUCUGGGCAAGGUCAUACGGCAUCCGCGGGGUUGAGACAAUGGCCAGGUUCAUAGCCACGCGGUAUCGAGCUGUGUAUGGUCGUGAUGGGAUUGUGGAUUCCCCCCCGACAGGUAGCGCGCAUGUCCCUCUAAGGAUGCAGAUGGCUCCCAUCGUCUAUACUUAG